AUCUCUACCCGUCUCUCUCGCAGAGCGAGAACGAAGAAAAGAGCAGAAAGCAGGUACCAGUCCUUCCCCCGUCCCCCGAUUCUCUGCAGCCAUAGUGAAGUAUUCGAGAGAACCCAACAAUCUCACCAAAUAUAGGCUUCUCGAUCUCUUUUGCCCCAUCUCUGCCCCGAUUUGGUGCACUUUAGGUGUUAAGCUUUAGUCUUGGUUUCCUAGACCUGAUGGCCUCUCAUCUGGAUCUUGCUUCUUGACUCGAGUUCACGGGACCAUUGCACCAGAGACGGGCUUGGACCUAACCGGUCUCUGCCUAGGUCAGCAGUAUCAUAGAGGCGGCGACUUUUCCGGAGGAGAUCAAUCACGAUUAUAAAAAGGCAGUCUUUUUGGGCAUUGCGAUUGAGAACCGAGGGGGUUUUUAGAGACAGCGGCAGUGUUUGGAGGGGGUCAGGGUUUUUGCGGGCCUUACUUUCCCCCUAAAAAGUAGAAGAUGUCUUCGGGCGAUAAAGAGCAGUCUCACAAGGCCCAUCGGUCCCGUCAGACCGGUGCUUCUGCGAAGAAGAAAUCGGACAAGAAGAGGAACCAAGAAUCUUCUGACGCUGAAAAGAAGCAAAACCCUAAGGCAUUUGCUUUUAGUUCAUCAGCAAAGGCCAAGCGUUUACAAUCCCGUGCUUCGGAAAAAGAACAACGCAGGCUUCAUAUCCCAACAAUUGAUCGUUCAACUGGGGAACCAGCUCCAUUUGUCGUUGUUGUGCAUGGACCUCCAAAGGUUGGGAAAUCUCUUCUGAUAAAAUGUCUUGUAAAGCACUAUACCAAACAAAAUUUACCUGAAGUUCGAGGUCCAAUCACCGUUGUAUCAGGAAAACAAAAGAGAGUACAGUUUGUGGAGUGCCCUAACGAUAUAAAUGGUAUGAUAGAUGCUGCAAAAGUUGCUGAUCUUGCAUUGUUGCUAGUUGAUGGAAGUUAUGGUUUUGAGAUGGAAACUUUUGAGUUUCUUAAUAUUAUGUCAGUUCAUGGAUUCCCAAAGGUUAUGGGAGUCCUUAACCAUCUUGAUAAAUUCAAGGAUGUCAAGAAACUGAGAAAAACCAAGCAGCGUCUCAAGCAUCGCUUUUGGGCUGAAAUUAAAGAUGGGGCAAAACUUUUCUAUCUAUCUGGUCUCAUUCAUGGAAAAUAUCCUAAACGUGAAGUUCACAAUCUAGCCAGAUUCAUUUCAGUUAUGAAAGAUCAUCCUUUGUCAUGGCGAUCUUUGCAUCCGUAUAUAUUGGCAGAUCGUUUUGAAGAUGUUACUCCUCCUGAAAGAGUGCACGGGGAUGGUAAAUGUGAUAGAAACAUUACAUUGUAUGGUUACCUUCGAGGUUGUAACAUGAAAAGAGGUACCAAGGUGCAUAUUGCUGGUGUUGGUGAUUUUUCUUUAGCUGGGGUGACUGGUCUUGCUGAUCCUUGCCCUUUGCCAUCAGCUGCCAAAAAGAGGGGACUUCGAGACAAGGAAAAACUUUUUUAUGCUCCCAUGUCUGGUCUUGGGGAUCUUCUCUAUGACAAGGAUGCUGUUUACAUAAAUAUAAAUGAUCAUCUUGUUCAGUUUUCAAAAGUUGAUGAUGAAAACAGUGCAGCAAAUAGAGGAGGAAAGGAUCGUGAUGUAGGCGAGGUCUUGGUGAAAACACUUCAGAGUACAAGAUUCUCUAUUGAUGAGAAGUUGGAACAGAGCUUCAUCAAUCUGUUUAGUAGGAAACCCCCUAUGUCAUCAGAGAAUAGUAGUGCGGAGGAUAAUAUGUUAAACCAGUUUGGAAGUAUUACUAGUGAAAUGCAAAGUGGUCAAGGACAGACUUGCAUUUUGGAUCAGAAGGAUAAUGAUCACAUGGAUGGCAGUGGAGUUGCAGAGAGUGAUGAAGGUGAGGAUGAGGACCCAAGAAAAGAAAUUGAACUUGAUGAUUCUGAUGACAAUAAUAAUUAUGCUUGGGAAGACAAUCAAGAGGAUGAUGAUCAGUUGGAUCCUUUUAAUCGAGAUUUGAAAGAAGAAAUUGAAUUUCAUGGUGGAAGACUAAGGAGAAAAGUUAUAUCACAUAAAUAUGGUGAUCGUGCUGGUUUGGAGGAUUCUGAGGAGGAUGAUAUGGAUGAUCAUUUAGCUGAUGGUUCAGAAUCAUCAGGAGACAGUGGGGAGGACCUAGAUUCAGAUAUGGAAACAGACAAUGCUUCAAAGUGGAAGGAGUCCUUGUUUGAGAGAACAUUGUCGAGGCAAAAUGUCAAUCUGAUGCAACUUGUAUAUGGGCAAUCUGCAUCUAAGUCAACAGCCAGCAUGCGAGAAGCACAUGACAGUAGUGACAGUGAUGAUGGUUCUGAUGAAGAUUUCUUCAAGCCAAAAGGGGAGAGGGAAAAGAAAUUGAAUGAUAAAUUGGGUCAUGAUGACAUUAAUGCUGAGGACUGCUCUAAAUUUGUCAGUAUACAACUCAAAGACUGGUCUGAUGAAGAUCUUAUCAGAAGUAUCCGUGAUCGAUUUGUCACUGGAGACUGGUCCAAGGCUGCUCGAAGGGGUCAGGCAACAGAUGAUGAUGAUGGAGGAGAUGACGAACCUGUUUAUGGCGAUUUUGAAGACUUAGAAACUGGAGAGGUGUACAGGAGUGAGCCAGCAGAUAAUUUUGAGGGGAACGAAAACUUUCCCAAGGGAGAUGAUCCAGAAGUGGAGGACCGGAGGCUUAAGAAGCUUGCUCUUCGUGCAAAGUUCGACGCUCAAUAUGAUGAAUCUGAACUGUCUGAUGAGGAAAAUCAUAAAUCAACAGAGAAGUUCAACCGACAUCAAACCAGUGAUGGUGGUGGAUAUUUUGACAAAUUGAAAGAGGAGGUUGAACUCCGUAGACAAAUGAACAUAUCAGAACUAAAUGAUCUGGAUGAGGCUACUCGAAUAGAGGUGGAGGGCUUCAAAGUUGGCACUUAUUUGAGAUUAGAAAUUCAUGAUGUUCCAUAUGAGAUCGUUGAAUAUUUUGAUCCCUGCCAUCCUAUUCUUCUUGGUGGCAUUGGACUUGGGGAGGAAAAUGUUGGAUAUAUGCAGGCUCAAUUGAAGCGUCAUAGAUGGCAUAAGAAAGUACUCAAGACUAGAGAUCCACUUAUUGUUUCAGUAGGUUGGAGGCGGUACCAAACAGUUCCCAUAUAUGCUAUUGAGGAUCGAAAUGGACGGUAUCGCAUGCUCAAGUAUACUCCAGAGCAUAUGCAUUGCUUUGCAAUGUUUUGGGGGCCUCUUGCACCUCCUAAAACUGGAAUACUUGCUGUUCAGAACUUGUCGAACAAUCAAGCAGCAUUUCGAAUUACAGCAACAGGCUGGGUUCAAGAGUUCAAUCAUGCUGCUCGAAUAAUGAAAAAGAUCAAACUUGUUGGUUAUCCAUGCAAGAUCUUUAAAAAGACAGCACUAAUUAAGGACAUGUUUACAUCAGAUCUGGAGAUUGCUAGGUUUGAAGGUGCAGCUGUUCGGACGGUAAGCGGGAUCAGAGGGCAGGUCAAGAAGGCUGCCAAGGCAGAAUUAGGCAAUCAGCCAAAAAGAAGGGGAGAAAGUGUGAAAGAAGGGAUUGCAAGAUGCACGUUCGAGGACAGAAUCCUGAUGAGUGAUAUUGUUUUCUUGCGUGCAUGGACUCAAGUUGACAUACCCCACUUCUAUUACCCUGUUUCAACAUCUCUCCAGCCUCGUGAUCAGGUGUGGAAGGGCAUGAAAACAGUAGCGGAGCUGCGGAGAGAGAAUAGUAUUCCAAUUCCACACAACAAAGACUCAGUCUACCAGCCCAUUGAGCGGAAGCUGAGAAAGUUCAAUCCAUUGGUGAUCCCGUCAAAACUGCAAGCAGCUCUUCCCUUUUCUUCAAAACCAAAGAACACACCUAAGCAGAGGCGGCCGCCUCUUGAAAACAGACGGGCUGUGGUUAUGGAACCUCAUGAGCGGAAGAUUCAUGCCCUUGUCCAACACCUCCAAUUGAUCAAAAAUGAAAAGAUGAAGAAGCGAAAACUCAAGGAGCAAGAAAAGAGGAAAGCACAUGAAGCAGAGAUGGCCAAAAAUGAGCAGUUGUCCAAAAAGCGUCAGAGAGAAGAACGUCGAGAGAGAUAUAGAGAGCAAGAUAAACAAAAGAGAAGAACCCGGAGAAAAUUAGGGGCCUAACAGCAAAUUUUAAUACUAAAUUGGGGCCCCGGCAAGCCUAAAGUACAUGAGCUGGGCUCCAAAGCUGGCUCUUUGUUCAACAGCCGGUACAUUUUUUUAACAUCCCGUUGUAUGCGGGCUACCGUGUGGACUUUGUGUGCGACUGGGCACCCAUCUUUCUGUGGUCCAUUGGUGUUGGCUACACUGACUGAGUUUCUUAGGAGCGUUAUACGAGGAUUGGAGAUGGUUUGCUAUCUAUCGGAUCCGCUUGGCGUCAAAACAAAUUUUCCUUUGAAGCAUGGAGCAUUGUUGUACCUUCAGGCACAAUGGUCUUAUAUCUUUCUGUGAUGUUUAUAUGAACAUUAUGUAGGCAUCCUGUCGUUGUAAAGUUUUUGUAGUUGCAGUAUUGGCAGCAUUCUGUUUAACGUAAUUGGAAUGCUCAUCGAAGGAAAAAAAAAUAUUGAAGUAAAUGAUGCUCUCAACCUA